AUGUGUCUUAUCUGGAUUCCAAUUUUCCUCGCUAUCAUAGAAGUCGUAGUUGGUACAACGAAAACCCAAAAUCGGCUCCGAUCAAAUGCAUUUGCUGUUCCUGGGAACGCUACUUAUGAUUAUGUGGUGGUUGGAGGUGGAACAGCAGGAUUGGUCAUUGCUUCGAGGCUUGCAAAGAUCGCUUCUGUUGGCGUGAUUGAGGCAGGCGGUUUCUACGAACAAGACAAUGGAAACUAUAGCAUAGUCCCGUAUGGAAGCCAGCAAAUGCCUUUGGUCUAUUCCUCUGAAGAUUAUCCUAAGCAACCACUGGUUGACUGGGACUUACUUUCUGUACCACAAACAAAUGCUGGGAAUCGGCGCAUACAUUAUGCUCGAGGAAAAACGCUUGGUGGAUCUUCGGCACUGAAUGCGCUGUCAUAUCAUCGUGCUACUAUUGGGACUUAUCAAAGAUGGGCUGAGCUUGUAGGAGACGAAAGUUUUACUUUCGAAAAUCUUCUUCCAUAUUACAAGAAGUCUUGUCAUUUGACUCCACCUAAUUUUGAAAAGAGAAACUCGACAUCUGCAACUGUAGUAUAUGAUCCAACAGUCUUCGAUGACUCUAUUAGGGGACCUUUGGAAGUUUCCUGGAACAACUGGGUUGACCCCACGACAGAUGCGCUCGCGCAAGCUGUACAGUCUGUUGGUCUUCCAGUAAGUUCGCUUGGCUUCAGCAGUGGUUAUCUUGCCGGUCAUGGUGCUUGGGUUCCCUCCACCAUCGAACCUAAACAUGCUGUACGAUCAUCCUCGCAGUCAAGUUUCUUAAAAGAGGCAAUUGAGAAUACGAAUAUCAAAGUUCAUGCCCGCACUCAAGCAUUGAAGAUUCUAUUUGCUUCCGAUUCUCCAACAAGAGCAAAUGCUGUCCAGGUAUCGACUUCAGGAUUCGAAUAUACUAUUCAAGCGACAAAGGAAGUUAUCGUGUCCGCAGGAGUUUUUCAUUCGCCACAACUACUUAUGGUAUCUGGAAUUGGGCCGCGCACUGUUCUUGAGGCACAAAACAUCCCAUUUGUUUCAGAACUUCCAGGAGUUGGACAGAAUCUCUGGGAUCAAGUAUCAUUCACUGUACUCAACCAAGUCAACACACCAAGUGCUGGAAGUAUUGUAGCUAAUCCAGAAAACUCUGCCGAGAUCUUGCAGCAAUAUUUCGAGGAUGGAGCAGGUCCAUACAGCUCGGCGGCCGGCUACCUAUCUUUUGAAAAUAUUCCAGGAGAACUACGCCAAAACUUCUCGGAACAAACAAUAUCAUCACUUAAUUCUUUUCCGACUGACUGGCCAGAAGUAGAAUAUAUCGGAGCAGGAUUUGCAGGUGAAAAUUUCACUACCAUUGGUGCCUUUGGCGGAGCACUGACAGCACCACUCUCCCGCGGAAAUGUAACCCUCAGCAGCGCCAGUAUGCUCGACCCACCAGUAAUCGAUCUAGGAUGGUUCACACACCCUACAGAUUCUGAAGUAUCAGUAGCAAUCUUCAAACGGAUUCGACAAAUCUGGGACAGCGUCCCAGCCAAAUCUAUCAAGAUAGGCUCCGAGAUUCUCCCCGGACUAGCAGUACAAACAGACGAAGAAAUUCUGGCAUAUAUCCAGCAGAAUUCAGCUCCAAUGUGGCAUGCCAGCGCUACAUGCGCAAUGGGUAAAGCUGGAGAUACGGAUGCGGUGGUGGAUUCAAGGGGGAGGGUAUUUGGAGUGGAUGGGUUGAGAGUUGUUGAUGCUUCGAUCUUUCCGUUUGCGCUUCCUGGACAUCCUCAAGCUUCUGUUUAUAUGAUUGCCGAGAAGAUUGCGGAUGAUAUAAUAACCGGGAGAUAA